AAGAUGGUGGACACUGAAAUGUGAUUUUUGAUUUCUCCUUGAAUUUUGUUCUUCAAGCUACAAAAAAGAAAAAGAAUGUCACACUGGCGUGUUCAGCAAUGGGCAACCAUGGCCCGAACAUGGUGGCUUUAUGAUAUGAAUCACCAAUGUCCAUUACGAUCAGCAGACAAGAUCGCUACCUACCUCUCAGGAAAAAAUAAACCAAUUUACUACAACGGGAGUGAUGUCGGAGAUCAUGUGGUUGUUAUAAAUACCAAGCAUUUGGCUUUGUUUGAUGAUGAGUGGAAAAUGAGAGUUUACACUUAUGACACAGGGUACCCUGGUGGAAAGUCUGAAGUUGAAGCCUGGAAAGUGCAUUUAAAAGCCCCAACCGAGAUAGUGUACAAGGCCAUUAAAAGUGCAAUUGUGCCUAAAGACUUGGGACGGCCCACUUUACUAAAAAGACUUCAUCUAUUUCCUGAAAAGGAUGUGCCUCCAGAAAUUAUGAAGAACGUCUCUGAUCAAAUCAAACAGAUUAUGCCAGUUCCAAAGCGCCUGGAUGAAUAUAGCCAAGAAGAAGUCGAUAAAUUUCCCAAGCUAUUUGAUUGGCCAGAGGAUUAUGAAGUAAAAUCCGGACACAAAUAUUUCAAGAGAGGCAAACGAUGAUGACAUCGGAUGAACUAGGAGUGUGUUAUCAAGAAUCAAACAAUAUACAAUAUUGCUGUUGAGAAUUGCAAAUCUCAUAAAGGUGACGGAUUGCCAGUUUCACCACUUGCACUGAACAACAGGAGAAACAUUCACUGUUCACUGUUCAUGUGAUGUACUUUUUAUAGAAUACAGAAAUGUGUACA